AUGGCGCCUCAUGCUCUGACGCCUACUAUAGAACGCGACAACAUCUUCAACAGCACGCGUAUUGCUACGGCCCCAAGCGCAGGUUCGGAUGACGUCGGUGAGACACUGCCUUCUCAUGCUGCGCGCGAACGAGAAGAUACCUCAAUCAGCAGCCCCGAAGCGCAUGCGAACAUAGAUGACCUUUCUACCAACCCCUUGUAUGAAAGCGCUUAUGUCAAAGGAUACGAGGAUGGCUAUACGUCGGGCUACACAAAGUCGCAUAUAGCACUCAAACAUCAACCAAUAGCCAUUAUCGGCAUGUCUUGUCGCUUUCCAGGCAAUGUUAGUACGCCCGAGGAGUUCUGGGAAUUACUUGCACGAUGCAGAACGGGAUUUUCGACUAUUCCAUCAUCCCGAUUUGCCGAAGAACGUUUUUUUCAUCCAAAUCCUGGAAAGAGCGGCACUACCAACGCGCGUGGAGGCAAUUUCCUCAGCCAUAAUCUGAAGGCAUUUGAUGCACCAUUUUUUGGUUUCACCCAACAAGAAGCAGUGAGCUUGGACCCUCAACAGCGUCUUCUUUUGGAGUGUACUUUUGAGGUGCUUGAGGGUGCAGGCAUACCAAUGCAAAAUGUGGUCGGGAAGGAUGUCGGUGUCUUCGUUGGCGGGACAUUCUCCGAGUACGAAGCAGAUCUCUUCCGAGACUCAGAGACAAUUCCAAUGCAUCAGGCUACAGGAUGCGCUAUGGCGAUGCAGUCGAAUAGGAUCUCUCACUUUUUCGAUUUUCGGGGCCCGAGUUUUACGGUAGAUACAGCUUGUUCAUCAAGUUUGGUAGCAAUACAUACUGCGUGUCAAAGUCUGCGAAACGGGGAAUCGAGUAUGGCAGUUGCCGCGGGUGUACAUCUCAACAUGCUACCAGAGUUUUGGAUAUCCUAUUCGAUGUCGCGAUUAUUUGGAGAGCCUGGAAGAUCUUUUGCGUUCGACCAACGCGGUACAGGCUACGGUCGUGGCGAAGGAUGUGGCAUGAUCCUUCUGAAACCCCUUGAUCAGGCUCUGAAAGACAACGACCCUAUCCGUGCCGUUAUUACUGGAAGUGGAAUCAACCAAGACGGUAAAACACCUGGUAUAACCAUGCCCAAUGGAUUAGCCCAAGAGGAACUUAUUCGAAGCGUGUACAAAAACGGAAACAUGGACCCUAAAGACACCGGCUAUGUUGAAGCGCAUGGGACAGGAACUCGUGUUGGAGAUCCUAUUGAGGUAUCAGCGCUCCAAAAAGUAUUCGGAGAAGGUCGAACUAAGCGAAAGCCGUUGUACGUUGGGUCUGUAAAGUCGAACAUUGGCCAUCUGGAAGCAGCGGCUGGCAUUGCUGGAGUGCUCAAGACAGCACUUAUGCUUGAACGCGGGUUUGUUCUUCCAAAUUAUGACUUCCAGAAAGCCAACGCACAUAUUCCUUUUGACGAGUGGGGUCUGAAAGUGCCUAUCCGCCAACAGCCAUGGCCGUAUGGAAAGCGAUGGGCCAGUGUCAAUGGAUUUGGGUUUGGUGGUACCAACGCGCACAUCGUAAUGACGCGAGGCCCACUAGAAAGAAAGACCAUGAAAGAAGAGAUUGAUACGCAAGUGUCCGAGCGGCUCUUUGUGCUUUCCGCAAACGAUAAAUCUAGCUCAGAGACUGCGAUGCAGAAUCUGGGUGUCUAUUUGGAACGGCGACCGGAAGUGUUCGAAAACGACCUUCUCGGAAAUCUUGCUUACACUUUGGGUGAGAGAAGGUCUUUGCACCCCUGGCGGAUUGCGAUCAGUGCAUCUACAUCCGUAGAGCUAGUCCAGAAUCUCUUCAGCGGCAAGAUCAUACCCAUACGCCAGGAGUUGGAAGAGCUUCGUAUUGGAUGGAUAUUCACUGGGCAGGGAGCGCAAUGGUGGGCAAUGGGUCGUGAACUAUAUCAUCAAUAUCCAGUUUAUGCGUUGGCCUUGGAACGCGCGGACAACCAUCUCCGCUCUCUGGAUGCUAAUUUCUCGGUUAUUGAGGAGCUUCACAAGGACGAAAAUAAUUCACAGAUUAACACUGCUCAUAUAUCACAGCCAGCGUGCACUUCAGUCCAGUUGGCUCUGGUAGAGUUACUGCGAUCUUGGAAUGUACGCCCUUCGGCCGUUGCAGGCCAUUCUUCGGGCGAGAUAGGAGCUGCCUAUGCGGCCGAUCUGAUCACCUUCGAAGACGCAAUGACGAUCGCAUACCACAGAGGUCGUCUUAUUCCAGAGCUCAAAGCCAGGUUUCCGCUGCUCGAAGGAUCCAUGAUGGCCGUCGCGGCCGGUCAAAGCGUGAUCACCCCGAUCAUCGACUUGAUUCCGUCCUCACUGGGUCAAGUUCGAAUGGCAUGUAUCAACAGCCCUUCCAGUGUCACAGUUUCCGGAGAUACUGAGGCAGUCGCAUGCUUAGAAUUGCUCAUCGAGGAGCAACAUCCUGGAACGUUCACCAGGAAACUUCAAGUCGACACAGCCUACCACUCCCAUCAUAUGAACCACAUCGCGAAGGAAUACACCAAGUCUCUAGCCUAUAUACGAGCCCCCAAAGAGUCCGCCGUUCGGUUUCACUCCUCCUUGCUAGGUCGUCUUGCCCACAGUGACGAACUGGAUGCAUCUUACUGGGUCCAAAAUCUAGUAUGUGCGGUUCGUUUCGAUGAAGCUAUGCAGAGCAUGUGUCAGAAAGUGGGUGACAGUCAGACCGGAGUCAAUUUCUUGAUUGAGUUGGGCCCUCAUGGAGCGCUCCAGGGCCCUAUCAAGCAAAUUCUCAAGCAUAUUGGCAGUUCAGCAUCUAGCAUUGCAUAUUCGUCUGUACUCUCAAGGAACAAGAAAGCUGUCACCACCGCGCUUGACCUGGCUGGAAAGCUAUUUGUUAAAGGCAUGCAGCUUAAUAUGGGUGCUAUCAAUUCCCCCAAACCGCUCGAUAGACCGCCGCAAGUCUUGACCGAUUUACCGCGGUAUUCUUGGAAUCAUAGCUCAACCUUUCAUCAUGAGUCUCGAUUCAUGAAGGUACAUAAGUUCCACAAUGUGAUUAGAAAUGAUCUCAUCGGUAUACUAGCACCUUAUUCGAAUGACUUUGAACCAGAAUGGAGAAACAUCCUUCGUCUUGAUGAUCUACCAUGGCUCAGGCAUCAUGAAAUACAAGGAGUCAUCAUGUUUCCUAUAUCAGGGUUCAUCGUCAUGGCAAUCGAAGCUUUUGCUCAGAGGGCGCAGACUGAAGAUGUACAAUAUGACCAAUUUGUUGUCGAGGGUCUAAAUGUACAGUGUGCAGUCAUGCUGACGGAGGAGGACCUCGAGAUGACAACCACCUUACGGCCCAGCCCUGAAAGCUCCAAUCAUCAUUUCUCCCACCAUUUCAACAUACGUUCAUGGUCGAAGACAAAAGGCUGGACAGAGCAUUGUACGGGCCUCGUAUCAGCCAUUUCUUUAGCUGUGAACGAAGUUGAUGGUGCGCGUGCACACUUGAUGAGUGAACAAAGAUUGCUGGCUAAGAGGACCGCCAUAUCCAACGCAGCUACUACAGCUGUUUCACUCAAAGACAUGUACGAAGGUCUUUCGAAAAUUGGUGUUACGUAUGGCAGCACUUUCCAGGGCUUGCGAGACUGUCAUGCCUCCCAGCGUGCCGCCGUAGCUAGACUUGUCCCAGCUGCUACGAUGCCAGAAAUGCCCCAUGGCUGGGAAACGAGAUAUAUCUUGCAUCCUACAUUGCUAGAACAACUGAUAUCCAUGUACUGGCCGGUUGCAGCUGCAGACGCACCCUUGCGCACAGCUUUCCUACCGUCUUCAUUGGCCAAGGUCACGAUCUCGAAAACAGUUGGGAGUCAACUCAAGGAUACAGACUCAUGCAUAGAAGCAUAUUGCGAGCCGUCUGCGCCAGCAUCAGAUUUUGUAUCAAGCGGCAUGUCAAUGUACGCUGUAGAUGCUCAAGGCCGACACAUGAUCUCGGUCGAGGGUCUUGGACUCGUAGCGGUCCCUGGGAUAGACUCUGACACACAAAUGGAAAGUCCUCGCGAGCUCUGUUACAAAUUGGAUUGGGAAGUCACCUCUCAGCCACCGGUGAUUGAAACCAUCCAUAGCACACCACAUCCUGACAGCUCCGAAGUUGUUAUCAUUUUCGAUGACGUCGAGUGCCAGAGAAAGCUGGCAGACGCGAUUUCUGGUCGGAUCACUGCUUUAACUGGUCUUCAGCCGGUCUUGAGCACGCUUCUAUCGGUCGGAGAAGGUGCGAGAGACAAACUGUGCAUAUUUCUUACUGAGUUGCAUCGCCCAGUACUGGCUAAUCUUGGUGUGGACGAGUUCCAGGCGCUACAAGUCCUCCUAAAAGGUGUAGAAGGCAUACUCUGGGUGACCCGAAGGGGCUACAAGGAUUCCAACAACCCAAAUUCAAACAUGAUAUCCGGCUUCAGUCGGACACUACGCUCGGAAGGUACUGUCAUGCGCUUUAUCACCUUAGAUCUUGACAUGGAGGGCAGCACGACAGACGCGGCAGGGAUGCAUUCGAUCACAGAAGUUUUCAAUAUGACUCUACGAGAAAACAGGGAUAUCCAAGAAACUGAAUUCGUGGAGCGCAAGGGAAAGUUACUAACCCCUCGCAUUGUCCACAACACUACUCUGAACCAGUUUGUGCAUGAGCAACUUCAUCCUGCAAAGAUUCUGCCGGCAAGAUUCGUGGAUCAAAAGAGGCCGUUGCAAGCAGUGUUUUCUUCGCCAAGUGAGUCGCACAGUGUUUCAUUUGACGACAUGCAAACACCUUCCAAAGACGUUCCGGAAGACGCAGUGGCAAUAUACGUCAAGGCUGUAGGAAUCUCAUCAAGAGACAUCGCGACCCACUCUAGUGCAAUUGGAAUCGAGUGCAGUGGAGUGGUGAUUAACAUAGGAAGCAAGGUCACCUCAACCAAGAUUGGUGACCAUGUUGCGGCAAUCACACCCCAAGGCUCUCUUUCUACCGUUACUUACGCAAAAUCUUGCUUUGUAAUGAAAUUACCAGAUCAUGUCUCGUUCGAGGCAGCUGCGACAAUACCCAUGGCUUUUGGUGCAGCAGCCUACGCUCUGAUGGAUCAAGUGAGACUAGGUGAUAGCGAGACGGUAUUGGUCCAUGAUGCCGCCAGCGCAGUGGGUCAAGCUGCCGUUCGAAUUGCGCAGAUGAUAGGAGCAAAUGUCUGGACAACUGUACGCACUGCACGCGAGAAAGAUAUGCUCAUGCAGGAAUUCUUCCUGGCAGAAGACAGAAUCUGGUUUAUCGAUGCAGCAGCUCUGAUCGAGAGUAUCAAAGAUGUAACUGGUGGACGCGGUAUCGAUGUUGUCAUCAACACUCAUGAGGGUUGUUUUGAUAUUCAAAAGCUCUCUGACUGCAUCGCCCACUUUGGCCGUCUUGUCAAUAUUGAAACAGACUGUCAUGUACCUGGAACUCUGUCAUACGAUAAGACACUCUCGAUUUCUACUGUAAACAUGGCCGCGCUUGCCAAACAUCAGCCACGGAUUCUACAGCUUGUCCUCGCGAACGUGUCCAGACUAUUACAAUAUGGUAAAGUUCAGGCGAUUCAGUGCACGAAGACAUUCGGAAUAACGGAACUGACAACGGCUUUGGAUCACAUUCGACAAUUCAAGGGUGAAAUGACGGUAGUUGUGGUACCACGUGAGGACGAGAUGGUCUUGGCUCCACGUGUCCAUCUUGACUAUAAGAUACUCCCAGAGGACGCUACCUAUGUUCUUAUUGGAGGAACUGGUGGACUUGGACGCAGUAUUGCAAGGUGGCUGGCUAGAAAUGGCGCCAAACAUAUUGUCUUACUUUCAAGAAGUGGUAUUGCGAAAGGCAAGGCAAUGGAUGAGAUCAAUGCCUUGAACCAGGAUGGGACACAAGUUGUGAUCCGUCGCUGUGAUGUGGCUGAUCGAUCUGAUGUCGACAAACUCGUGUCGAUGGGAUUGAGAGAUCUGCCACCAGUGCGAGGAAUCAUCCACGGUGCGAUGGUGCUCCAUGAUGUACUGUUUGAGAAGAUGGCACAUGACCAAUACUCUUCUGUUGUGGAAGCAAAGGUCCAGGGCGCGUGGAACGUCCACCAUGCUUUUGAGGGGGUGGCCCUCGACUUCUUCAUCCUCAUCUCCUCCGCUGCAGGCGCGGUGGGUAAUCGCGGUCAAGCCGCGUACGCAGCUGCGAAUACGUUCCUGAACGGCUUUGCGCAAUAUCUUGUGGGACGUGGGGUUUCAGCCACUUCGAUUGAUCUGACAGCCGUCUCCGACGCAGGGUAUCUGGCCGAGGACAAGAAGAAGGCUGCAGAGGUGGCGAGAAAUCUGGGUAGUGACACCAUCUGUGAGGCUGAGGUUCUUGCUUUGAUCCAAGCUGCGAUCCAAGGCGAAUUGGCCAGUUGUAACGGCCAUGCCAUAACAGGGAUGCGCAUCACCUCCAGCAUGCAGCCAUUCUGGAGUCACGAUGCCAAGUUUCUACAUUUGCUCAAGGCGGCUGAAGCUGAUUCUGCGUCUUCGCCCACGUCUGCAGCAAAGUCAUGGAGUGCUCUUUUCAAGGCUGCGACAUGUCGGCCAGAGGCUGCACAGGUGGUGUGCGAGGCGCUGGUGCAAAAGAUUGCCGAGGUCAUCGCCAUGGAACCAGAGGCACUGGAUAUAGGCCGGGCGUUGAGCCACUACCCGUUGGACUCUUUGACGGCCAUUGAGGUGCGCAACUUCAUUGCGAGGAUGUUUGAGGCGAAUAUGCAGGUGCUGGAAUUGCUGGCUAGUGGGACUAUCAGUAGCCUUGCCCAGGUUGUGUGCGGCAAGAGCAAGAGGGGCGUCGAUGGCGGUGACGGCACAAGCUACGUAGCGUCCUGGGACUCUAGAGUAGAUUCACGUAGCAUCUCGAGGCACAUGACUUUCUCCUCCUUGCAAGUAGUGUCCACCAAUUCUACCUACAGCAGUCCAUCCUCAAUCAUGUCUCUUCUUUCCGGUAAGCUACAAGAAAUCCCCUUCCUCGCGUUCGUCCCUCCUGCUUUCUCAAGACAAGGACAUGCGCACUCACGACGACACACAGACGCCAUCUGGGCAGCAGCCCCUACCACGGCGCGUGGGCAGCCGACCAUCCUCUCGUCGGACCCCAAGGGCGAACGCAUAACCUACGCGUCGGGCAAGUCGGUCUUUGUGCGCUCCAUCGACAAUCCCGCCAUCAGUCGCCAAUAUACGCAACACACGACGCAGACAACCGUUGCGCGCUUUUCUCCUUCGGGCUACUAUGUUGCCAGUGGAGAUGUCUCGGGCACCGUCCGCGUGUGGGACUGCGCGGGAGAAGGCGCAACCAAGGGCGAGUACCACAUCAUCGCCGGCCGCAUCAACGACGUGGCCUGGGACGGCGACUCGCAGCGCAUCAUUGCCGUGGGCGACGGCAAAGAGCGAUUCGGCCACUGCAUCACGGCCGACAGCGGCAACAGUGUUGGCGAGAUCUCGGGUCAUUCGUCACAGAUCAAUUGCGUCGCCAUCCGCCAGCAGCGCCCCGUCCGCGCCGUUACGGGCUCUGACGACACCAGCCUCGUCUUCUAUCACGGUGCGCCCUUCAAGUUCAACACCAGUCUGCGAGGCCAGCACCAGCGCUUCGUCCUGGGCGCCGCCUUUGCGCCAGACGGCUCCGUCUUCGCCAGCGUGGGCGCCGACAAGCGCAUCUGGCUGUACGAUGGUAAGACGGGCGAGCCCAAGGGUCAGAUUGGCGAGGGCGUGCACACGGGUAGCAUCUUCGGUCUUAGUUGGGCCAGCGACUCGAAUCGCUUCGUCACCGCCAGCGCCGACCAGACGGUGCGCAUAUGGGACGUCGAGGCGGCUAAGGCUGUGCAGACGUGGCGCAUGGGUGAAGAGGGCGUAGCCAGUGUCUCCGACCAGCAGGUGGGCGUUGUCUGGCCGACAACACGCAACGACGGCCUGGUCAUCAGCGUCGACCUCGAGGGCAGCCUCAACUACCUUGCGUCUGGUGACCCACGGCCCACGCGCGUCAUUCGCGGCCACCAGAAAAACAUCACCGCCGCUGCCAUUGCGGGCUCUACCCUAGCUACCGGGAGCUACGAAGGUCGUGUGCUGGCAUGGGACCUGGCCACCGGACUGGCCGAUCAGGUGCAGGGCGCCUCUCACUCCAAUUACGUUGCAGGAAUGGCCACAUCCGACAGCAACAGUCCAUCAGAGCUGUACAGUGUCGGUUGGGAUGACACGCUUCGAUCCAUUUCCGUGCCAGACAGGAUCUUUGUAGGCGAAGCGAGCCAACUGCCAUCACAGCCAAAGAGCAUUGCGGUCCUUGGUCGUGUCGUUCUCGUAGCGACCGCAGAAUCAAUAGCAAUUUACUCCAACGGCUCGCAGAUAGGCUCACACGCCCUCAAGUACACCCCUACUGCCAUCGCAGCGCAUGAUUCCACUGUAGCUGUGGGAGGCGACGACAAGUUGGUACACAUCUACACUCUCUCUGGUACCGAACUGAAAGACACUGAGACUGUCCUUCGACGUGCGACUUCUGCGAUAUCAGCACUUGCAUUCUCCUCGUCUGGCAAGAAAUUCGCAGUCGGUACGAGUAACGGCAAGAUAUAUGCAUACGAGGCUUCCGGUGAGUGGAAGCUCAUUACGGACAGAUGGAGUGCACAUACAGCACGCAUUACAUGCUUGGCCUGGGACAACACCAACAAGUACGCUGCAAGUGGGAGUCUGGACACUAAUGUCAUGGCUUGGAGCACCGAGGACCCUGGUAAACGUAUCAAAGCUCUCAAUGCUCACAAGGAUGGCGUGACGGGUGUUGCAUGGGACCAGACCGGGAAGGUCAUUUCAGCAGGCGGAGAUGCAAGCGUGAAGGUGUGGACAGUCAAGCAGUAG